AUGGCGUUCAAAAUUCAUCGACCUUGUCAACUCACCGAUUUGCCAGAUGAGAUUAUUCUCAGGAUAUUUUCUGUAUUCAUCAACUUGGAAGAAUCGUCGACAGAGAAUCUGCUAAUUGAACGCGACGAAUCUCAGAAAACCAGCAAUAACAACAGCAUUAAUAGUAGUCGUAACGAUACAGCUAUUACUGCUAAUUCUGGUUCCCCUAAUAACAAUAACGCCAAGAAAUACAAAAAGGCUAAGAGGGAGCGAAAUCGCUCAGCUGUAGGACUAGGAGCUCGUACACUUUGUCGUUUAUGCUGUUGCUCCCAUCGAUUCAAUCAUUUAGCUUCUGCAGAUCAACUCUGGCAACCGCUCACAUUGGCACGAUUCCCAGAUCGGCAUUGGCCUACCACAGAUCAGAAGAAUUUGGGACUUAUCCAUGUACGUCGGGAACACCAAUUGAAAAUCUUAAAGUCAGCUUCAUCAUCAAGCCCAUUAUCAUUAUCAUCCGCCACUGUAGGAUCGAGUCUUUCGUCAAUCAAAGCCGAGAGUCAUUAUAAAACGAAUGGCAAUACAGUCUUAGAUGUUGUUACUGUUGCUCAUGAGGACAAGGGCUCAAAUGAUUUUUCUGAUCCGCCAUACGACCAUCAAGAUGACUCAAAUAAGAAACAGAAGCGGACCAAAUUUUAUUCGCGUUUUGAACAACGAGCUCAUCGUCGACGGUUUGCUACAUUGGACCCCGAAUUGAAGCAUACACCUUUAGCAUGGACGAACACCAUGUGGACUUGGAAGCGGACAUUUUUUGGUGACUAUCGUUUUGUGGAAGCUAAAGACGUGAGUACUCCCAAUCGAAUCGAUCAUGCGAUCCAUAGAAACAAUAAAGACCAAGAUCUAGCAGUAGAAACGCGUCAGGAAUGUGGUCGCUGUUGGAGGCCAAUUCGAUCUUGCAUUUGCACUGCAUUAACGUCGCAGCAGUAUUGUAAUUGUCGUGUCCGAAUCAUGAUACUGCAGCAUCCAAGAUGUCAGGUUAGCAUUGGUACGAUUCGGAUCCUGAAGUUGUCCUUUAAGUAUUGUCAAAUCAUUAUUGGCAAGGACUUUAAGGAAGGACGAUCAUCAGAGCUCGAUGAAGCUUUAAAAGACCCAGAUUGUACACCAUUACUACUUUAUCCCAGCCAUGAAGCGACCGAUAUCCAUUCUUUGGCACCCAUGGGUUCGGUCUCAUCUAUGGAGCAGCCAUCUGUCACCAGCACACAAUCAACGACAAUAUCUUCGCUUAAUCAUUCUCGCUACUAUUGCCAGGGAUGUAUCCACUCCCAUCCAUCAUCGACAUCGACACACAUUAAUACUCUAAAUUAUGGUAAGAAGGCGAAGGACACUGAAGAAGAGAAGGAGGAAGCGAAGGGGUUAUCAGGAUCAACAUCGUACCCAUAUAAGCUUAUUAUUGCAUUGGAUGGCAGUUGGUCCCACGCCAAGAUCAUGUAUCGAUGUAACCCACGGUUGCAACAGCUCACGCAGAUCAAAUUCCCAAAUCCACCACAGUCUAUAUACCACGACCUUAAACCGGAGCCUAAACCAACUUACACCUCAACUGCUGAGGCUGUAGGACAAGCGGUGGCGUUGCUUGGAUGGCCAGAGACUAAAGCUGAACAGUAUGAUAAAGAUGCUAUGUCAGAUGCACAAUCCUUAAUGGAGGAUUUGAUUAGGCCGCUCAAAACAAUGAUCGGAAUCCAAGAUAUGAUUGCACAAGACCAGCAGAAACAACCUGAAUAA